AAAUUAUCUGCAGAAUGCUGUUAAGGAUCUAGAUGAAAGCCUUAACGUCAUAAUGUAUCAAGAUCCUUAUAAUUUAUGAUUUAAGUAAUACUCGUAUCGAAGAUAAAAACUGUCAAAAAAGCUUAAGAAGAAGCAUUACGUGUUUUAGGAAGAGCAAACCGAUCAAAACUACAAAUUCGCCUCAAAACUAAAACUGACAACUGAAAUUCUAGAAAUUAUUUAUUAUAAAUUCUACAAAGCAUUUGCUACGCCAAGCAUGAAAGAACCGCACGUAAAUGAUGAUUAUGAUCCUUAUCAGCAUCGUAAGGUCGAGAAUCCCAUGAGGUACGCUUAAUUUCGAGGUUUACAUCAGUCUGCUGAAGGCCUCUAUCGGCAUUGGUUGCUUAGCCAUGCCCAAAGCCUUUCAAGCAGCUGGUUGGCUGAACGGCCUGAUCAGCACCGUUGUGAUCGGCUCGAUCGUUAUAUUCGCGCUGCAUGUGUUGGUAAAUGAGAGCAAGCUGUGUUUGUGAUAAAUUUGAAAUCCUGCUAUUUCGCAGUUAUGUGGCAUGUACGAGCUGAGCAAGCGGAAGCGUGUGCCGCAAUUGAACUAUCCAGACUCGAUGGCGUUUGCGCUGGAGUCGGGACCGAAAUGCUUGCGCUUCUUAAGCGAAACUGCGCGCUCCACAAUCGACUUUGUAUUGGGCUUCUAUCAUUUUGGUGUUUGCUGCGCUUAUGUCGUCUUCAUUGCCGACAAUCUGAAAGAGUUGCUCGACUUUUAUGGCUACGAUAUCGACACACGCUUUUAUAUCUUUGCACUUUCUAUACCAUUGUCGGCGAUUUAUUUUGUGCGCGAUCUGCGUAAUCUGGUGCCGUUCAAUGCGGUUGCGGACGCCAUGAUUUGCUUUAGUUUCAUCAUUGUAUUCUCUUACAUAUUCACGGAAUUACCUUCGUUGGCUGAGCGAAGUGCUUUCGGCAAUUUGAAGUCGUAUCCUCUAUUCUUCGGCACGGUACUCUUUGCCAUCGAAUCUGUUGGUGUGAUCAUAUCCGUUGAAGCUAAAAUGAAAUUCCCGAAGGACUAUUUAGGCUUAUAUGGCAUUCUAAAUAUGGGCUUGAUCACCUCGCUCAUAUUAUAUGUAUUGAUUGCGUUUUUUGGCUACUGGCGUUAUGGUGAGAAAGUCAAGGACAGCAUCACCUCAAAUCUACCGAUGGAAGAUUACUUUCCCCGCUUGGCCAGGUUAAUGUUUGCAGUGGCUAUAUUCUUAUCGUUUGCCCUACAAGGUUAUAUAACCAUCGAGGUGUGUUGGCGACGCUACUCGGAAUAUAUGAAUUUAAAGCAAUCGCAUCCCUUGGAAUAUGUGCUACGCAUCGCUAUUGUGCUAGGCGCAGUGCUCACCGCCGUAAUGACUUCGCACUUGGCUUUGAUACUCUCGCUCGUCGGCUCUUUCUCACUCUCUUAUCUCGGCUUGAUAUUCCCCGGUUUGAUGGACUUUUGCUUGCGCUACGGCCAGGGAUUUGGCCCUUAUAAGAUCUAUUUGUGGCAAGAUAUUGCUUUGAUGAUAUUUGGCUUUAUUGGCGGCGCUAUAGGCACUUGGUUCUCGCUGAGCGAUCUCUAUGCAAAUUACCAAUUACAACAAUAAGGCUGGAUUGCACUGACCACUAAGUGAAAAAUAAUGGCAAUCGAUAAUAAUAAAUGUUGCAAGUAAUGCAAAGUCA